UUAAACAAACGUCAGAUAUUAUUUCAUUCAAAAUUUUGUUUUCAAUAAAUUAAUAUUUCUCGCUCCAGUUUUUUGCAAUAAAAAUAAACUAAAAAUGUCUGAUAAUGAUUCUGGUGAUGAUAUGGAUGAUUUGCAAGCCAUCCUCAAUGAUUGUGCUGCAAAAGAAAAUCCAAAAAACAAAGAAAAACCCGUAAAAAGUGAAGCAAAACCAGACGAACCAUUGGAAUGGAUUCGAUCCGAGGAAGAAAUUCGACUCGAUAAACUUAUUUUUGGCGACAAAGAAGGAUUUGUGGAAAAAAUAAAACAAUCUUCAAGUCAACCAAAAGACGAGACAACAGAAUUCUCCACGACCAAGAAAAGAAAACCAGCAUGGCAAGAUGAAGAUGACGAACUUAAGACCGAAGGUGGACGCAAACGACGAGGCAAACCUUUGAACGAGCGCUUGAAGACCCAGUUCGAACGUAUUGUCAGCACUCCCAAGUGGGCGGAUCUGGACAGAAAAGAAGAAAACGAAGAUUCCGAUGAGGAAAUCCUACAAACAGUGGGAUUUAUAUCUAACGCCAAGUCUACUGCCCUGCCAUCCCACGAUUUAAACUUUAAGAAGAUGAAAGACCUUAACAACAAAAAGGAGGGUCCCAUAAGCAGCAUCCAAUUCCAUCCCACCAGCACAGUAGCUAUGGUAAGCGGUCUGAAUGGCAUUGCCACCCUUUACUCCAUCGACGGCCAGAGGAACGAUAAACUCCAUAGCAUUGGCUUUAAGAAAUUCCCCAUUUACUGCGCCAAGAUCCUCCCAUGUGGCACUCAAGCCAUGUUCGCUGGCAACACGAACUUCUUCUACUCUUAUGACCUGAUGCAAGCUGCGGAAACGCGUCACCUAUUGCCCAGGAAAUUGUUUAAUAUGAACAAUUUUGAAAUUUCCCCGGAUGGCAAAUAUUUUGCAGCCAAUGGUCGUGGCGGGGAACUUCAUCUGUUCGACCUGAAGAGCAAGGAACUAAUCCAUACAUUCAAACAGGAAGAAUUCACUCGGGCUAUUAAGUUCUCCUUAGACUCUACUAAAAUCAUUUCCUCAUCCGCCCGAUCCACAAUUAGCAUUUUCGACAUCAGGCAAGAACGUGUUAUGCACACUUUCCUCGACGACGGUUGCAUCAAGGGCCGUUCGAUGGCCCUGAGUCCCGAUGGGAGGAUGCUGGCCACUGGCAGUGCCGAAGGAGCAGUCAACAUUUACGAAUACCAAAAAGUGUUGGCUUCCCAGGCGCCUCUACCAGAGAAGACAUUCUUGAAUCUGACCACGUCUAUAACUAGACUUAAUUUCAACCACUCGUCGGAGAUUUUGGGCAUUAGUUCGAAUGUAGUUCGUGCAGCUGUGAGAUUGGCCCACUUCCCCACUGGAACAGUGUUUGCCAACUUCCCACCGUUCAACAAUAAUUUGCGUUCUGUUCAACAGAUUGAGUUUUCACCAUCGAGUGGUUAUAUGGCGCUCGGGACAGCAGAGAAGGAGGCAAUGCUCUAUCGGCUGAAGCAUUACAAUAAUUAUUAGUAGUUUUUUUUAUUAGGUUUACAUUUAAAAUGGCUUUGUUUUUUUAACCACGUACAUAAUAUUUUGGAAAGUAUUGCCGCUAGUACCUGGCUCCUUGCUGUACGAGAAUUUAUUUUGUACUGCUGCGUGUUAGGCAAAUUAACUGAAAAAGUUUUUGACCAUAGAUUAUUAUUGAUUUCAAUAAUGAGAAAUAUACAAACAUUUAUAUAA